AUGCCACCCUCCGCCUCUGGCCUGUCCUCCGUUCCCCUGGCAGACUAUUUUUGGAUAGCUGGUGUCGAUGGAACCGAGAUACUAGACGUUUUCCAAAGGCUGGGGGAUGAAUAUCGCGCAAACAACGCCGCCUCCGCUGGUGGCCCCGCCGUCGCAGAUACUAUCGAGGAGGACGCGGUCGCAGAGGAAGAAGAACAACUAGACACCAUCUCCCCUGACGAUGCCAGGCGUAAGUCUACCGCAAGUAGCAGAAAGACCUCCUAUCGCCGUCUGUCCAGGCUCUCCACCAAUAACCAGCGACUGUCAUUCCGUUCGGGGGAUUCCGACCAAAAUGUCUCGCACAGCAACCGAAGCAGUCUAACUGUCAAGCUGGGCCAGUCUCCGAGAGGUUCUUCGCUGGUCGAAGACUUCGACUUCGACAAGGCUUUGGUGAAGUUUGCAUUUGAGCGGGAGAACUUUCUGUCGGAUCUCAGUCUCAGCGCUGGCGCUAUCACUUCCCCCUCACCCUCCCGUCCCAAGUCGAGGUUUCGCGCGCAGAAGAUCAUCCACGAAGAACCUUCCUCGUCUAGCAAUUUGAUUAGAUCCAGUAUUGGAAGUGUACGGCGUCACAUGUCGUUUCGGGAUAUGAACAGCAUGAAGUGGCAGCCGUCACUGGCUCGCCAAGCGUCGGUUCGAACAUCACGCCGUCUCAGCAACUACAACUCCGUCAUCCCUGCCCCACAACCUCUCGAGAUCUCCCCCACUAUGCAUCCGUUGAAACGAAGAUUCGAGCCCGUCCUGCUCGAUCGGUACCCCACUAAAGGCAUGACGGAGGAAUUGAAGCAGCGAGGCCAUUUCCCCGACUACGUUCCCAUGUUCGCCUUCCCCAACGAUGUCAACAUUGUCUCUUCGGACCAACGGCCGCGAUCCACCUGGCACGGGUUUGUAAUGACGACGGAGAACGGUUCGAAGCUGCACGCAAUAUGUGUGAUCGUGUGGAUCCCACUAAACCAUCGUGCUGCAGCGGAGCUAGAAAAGUGUUGCGAGGAAUGGCGCAAGGACAAUAUGACAGACGAGGAGCGAGAGCUGGCUGCGAGUUUGGGUGAGAGGCUAGCCAGCGAACGUGCCAAGCUCUCACAACUCUUGGCCCAACUUCCCACAGUGCCGUCGGGUUCGGAUGCCAGAGAACAGCUGGAGGAUGAAAUCAGUAGCGUUGAAGAGAAAAUUGCAUUGAUGAGCGAUCUCUUGCGCCCCGUGAGACUCGGCGCGGCCUCUAAGAUUGAGGGACUCACCGACGGAGACACUGGGUUUUGGAUCCCCCGUGCGUAUGGCAUCCUAGGUCGGGAAGGGUCCAUGACGAGUUUUUGGAAGGAAUGGCUGAAGGCCGUCAUCGUCCCCAUGACGGACGGUGCUAUUCAGCGGGUGCCUCCUAGCUCUCCGCGCACAGGAGCCUGGCAGCCACUAGAGCGAUAUGUGAUGAAUCUCUGCGUCGAAGCGUUCUGUCCUCUACCGUCCAAAACCCAGGUGGAACUGGCGGUGCGUGAACUACGUCUCUUUGCACGAAAAGAGGCCGUCAAUGAGCUCCCAAAUGCCCGAAAUACUGAUUUAUAUGCGCUGUUCCGGACCUUGUCAUUAUCGAACAUCAUUAUACUCUUCGAGUAUGCUCUGACGGAUUCGCGCAUUAUCUUGCUAUCCUCUCACACAGCCAUGCUACAUUUGGCAAGCAAGGCACUCGUUGACCUGUUAUUCCCGAUUCAGUGGACGGGAGUGCUUAUUCCGGUGCUUCCGGCGCGAUUAAUACAGGCUCUCGAAGCCCCCUGUCCUUACAUCGUCGGCAUCGAGCGGAGAUACGAAAAGGUUGAACUGCCGUCGGAUGAUUUCGUCCUGGUAGAUCUCGAUGCCGAUAUAAUCGAAAGCACUGCCCAGCCUACUCCACUGCCGCGUCAGCAGAAAAGAAAGCUUAUGUCGCUUCUGCAACUCGCGGCGCCCCAUCACACUCGGUAUGGAGUACCCAAGGGACCUCCGGCCUAUGCCAUUGAGUCUUUCCCAUUCGACUCAUUUGUGUCGGAGAACUCAUCCAUUUUCGUAUCAAAACCGCCUUCGACGAAUCUAUCCAAGUAUACUAGCGUCAAUUCCAACUCGUUCGGGCAGGCUGCGGUGCCCCCGAAUUCCUAUCAGCCACUGAUAUUCAACGCCUUCGUUCAUGCUCGUAAUGAGCAGCUCCUAGCCAGGGGGUAUUCUUCCAGAGGCCGUGACAGGCCAGGAACCUCUUCCGCUUUCCACGCUGGGUCCCCACCAUCGCGGGACGCCUCGCCGACCUCCAGCCACCCACCGUUUUCCAUGGCGCCUGGAUCCCGGCAUGAUUCUGGCUUGACUCUCCAGGCAUCCUUGCGUGAGAGACGCUCUGGCCAUUUCGAUGCUGCGUCACGCAGAAGCUCAUCCUUUGGUGCGGACAUGAUGCCGGGCCCUAGGCGGCCCAGUGCCCCCUUCUUAGGCCAUGCGUCCAACCUCUCCCUUGCCACGUUGAACAGUGAUUAUACUCCAGCUUCCACCUAUGCACCCUCUGUUUAUGCGCAGUCAACUAUUGCUGCAUCGACGAUUGUUCCCCAAUCCUACGCGCAGCCUGUUCGGAAUUCCGAGGGGGUCUGCUGGAUGGAGGGGCACGGUUUUCAGCUGCACCCGUGUGACGAGAAAACAGUCUGUGCCAUCUGCGAUGAACGGGCGGAAGACGGCAUGUACAGAUGCUCCGCUUGCAAGACGAUUGUGCAUGGCCGGUGCACUCCUCAGGUCUGCCUCGUAUGCCCAGCUGCGUUCCAUCCGGACCAAGUCCGCGCAGCGUUUGUCAGAACAUUUGCAAGCUUGUUUUACACAUACAAGAGGUUUCUGCAGCCGGCAGCUGGAGAUAAGAAGAAAGCCGGCUUGACCUACAGUUUUAACCUGGAAGCGUUCAUGAAGAGUUUACCCCACGAGCAUGCAGAUUAUAUCAACGUUCUGCAGCAGACGCAAGGUUUCAAUGAAUUCAUCAGUGACAGAGAAAGGGUCAAUCCUAAGUCAAAAGAUCCAAGGAUGGUACUCUUCGAUGAGAUUAUCCUAGCUAAACGCAAUCGUGGCCGAACUUCCAUUUUCUCUGGACGGACUACCACGGAUUUUCUUUCCGACACUUCUGACCAUCUUUGGAGGACUGCCAGCGCAUCUUUCCCCCCAAACAGCAGGAGCCAGCGGAAUCCCUCGGGUGACUAUACACACAUUGUAACCAGAGCACCGGCUAAACUAGACACGAGUCUGAUGAAGGAACCUCGCAUGAUACUUGGAACGCCUCGAGUUUCGAAAGUGGCGAAUAAUGCGCGCAGGAAGCCUCUUCCAGGGGCACCACUUGCAAAGGCCAUGAACGGGCUUGCCGUGUCGCAUCAAUAGGGCAGAUUUGAGAUUUAUUGCAUCUUCAGUCUCCAUGCCAACUGAUCUUGUUUCGAGCUCGAAAUGAUAAGGGAUUUUGAACAUAGCAUAUUAGAUGCUGAGAUGCUUCCUGGUGAAGUGAUCUGGCAGAAGUUUGGCUAUGCACAGGACAGCAGUUGUGUUCCGUCUACUCCUCUCUUCUUCCCUAUCUGGUUGACGGCAGCAGGCAUACAGACAGCUUAUGAGACCAUGGCGUUCGAUACCUAGAUUCUUAGAUUGGGGCAGGACUGGUGUUAGUCAUGCUUCUUACUUCUUUCACGGAUGCCAUGUGGUGGAUACCAGCCACGUCGAGGCUUGGUAACCACCUCCUUUACGUAUCUCUUGCUUCUUGUUUGUAUUUUUUUUACUAUUUACAUAUUGUUCUGCCAUGUUCUUGCCAGCUGUAUGGUGUCUGUUUUGAUUUUCUCGUUUCUUCUUGCCAACAAUACCCCUGCUUUGAACUGUUUUGCGUUGUUUUAUUGUGCCUGUCCUUGGUAUAUUAAUAAGGUACAUACAUAUGUGGUCUAUCGUCAAUAAAAGUCGUCAGUCUUGCGUGUUACAUGCUGUCCAUAGAGAGUAGCAAGAAAGGAG